UUGUUCUACACCCACCACGUCGCAUCUUCAGUCGGACAAGUGAAAAAGAUGCAAGGUGAGUAGUUUUUUGAAAAACCGUUAUAGCAAUGCAAGUUAUCUGAUAGGAUAGAAGAAGUCUGUCCAUCAGGCGAUGUUGAAACUUUUAUUGUCAAAUAACGCGCUCCUCUGCAGCAAAAGACUCUCCAAUGUCUCACUGAGAAGCUCCUCUUCAUCCUCGUCGUCGUCAUUGUCAUCAUUGUCGCAGUCGCCCCCUUUGGAGCUCAUGAACACAUUAGUCAACUGUGAAAGGGUUUAUCAGGCUUUGGAGUUCUUUGAAUGUGUCUCCAAACAAGUGGAUAUAUCCAAACACCCUCAACUCUAUUCAGCCAUUAUUCAUGUUUCAACUGGCGCUGGAUUUUACAAGAAGGCCAGGUGUUUGACGAAAGACCUCAUCGAAACUGUCCAAAAGUCUAGAAAAUCUCGCCUCAUUGGAUCUUUGGUUUUUAACGUGCUGAACCGAUUUGAAAGCUCCAAAUUCACUCCUGCUGUGUUUUGUGUACUAAUUAUGGCCUUCUCCCAAAUGGGUCUUGUUGAUGAAGCAUCCUGGGUCUACAACAGGAUAGGGGCCUUGCCGGCCAUCCAAGCUUGCAACUCUCUCUUAGAUGGACUGCAUAAGGUGGGAAGAUUUGAUUCAAUGUGGGAACUAUACAAGGACAUGGUAUCACGUGGAUUUGCCCCUAACGUUGUCACAUAUAGCAUUUUCAUCAAUGCUUACUGCAACCAAGGUGACAUCACAAGAGCACGUCAUCUAUUUUCUGAAAUGAUGGAGAAGAGGAUUGCUCCAACUGUUGUCACCUACACCACCCUUAUCAGUGGCUUAUGCAAGGAAGGCUUGUUCUCGGAAGCUAUUGAUAUGUUUAGGAUGAUGCAGCAGUCUAAUGUGUUCCCAAAUCUCCACACCUACAACAUACUGAUUGAUGGGUACUGCAAAUUAGCUGGUUUGGAACAAGCACUUGAUCUUUACAGGGAAAUGCUAGGAGUUGGCUUGCGGCCGAAUGCUGUAACAUUUGGUAUCUUGAUUGAUGGGUUUUGCAAGGUGCAUGGAUCAGAUAAGGCCAGAAUGUUUUUUGUCAAUUUGGCCAAGUACAGUGUUUCACCAAAUGUAUUCAUCUAUAAUUCUUUGCUUGACAGCUGUUGUAAGGAAGGUAGAUUGCCUGAAGCCUUUGGUCUUUUUUCGGAGAUGACAAAGAUAAAGAUAGUCCCUGAUGUCUUUACUUACAGCAUACUUAUAAAGGGGCUAUUUGGUGCCAAAAGGUUGAAUGAAGGGGCUGACCUGUUCAAGAAAAUGUUGCAAGAGGGGGUUCCUGCAAAUUCUGUCGCAUACAAUACAUUGAUCGAUGGAUACUGUAAAGAGGGGGAUAUGAAGAAGGCACUGGAGGUGUGUACACAAAUGACUGAAAUGGGUAUAGAGCUUAAUUUAGUCACCUUCUCUUCUUUGAUAAAUGGGUAUUGCAAGGAUGGGAACUUGGAGGCUGCUAUGGGGCUAUACUCAGAAAUGGUGAUAAAAGGUAUCUCACCUGAUGUGGUUGCUUACACAGUUUUGAUUGACGGGCAUUUGAAAAAUGGCUACUUGAAAGAGGCAUUCCGACUGCACAAAGUGAUGAUAGAGGCUGGCCUCAACCCAAACAUUUUCACACUGAGUUGCCUGAUUGAUGGAUUGUGCAAGGAUGGGAGGACUCAUGAUGCAAUCAAACUUUUCUUGGACAAUAUGGAAACUGAUUCUGGUCAAAGUGAAAGAAAUCGGAUAAAGAGUGAAUGUUAUUCCCCGAAUUGUGUGACCUAUACAGCUUUGAUACAGGGUCUGUGUAGGGAUGGGCAGAUUCUGAAGGCCAGUAAGUUUUUUAGAGACAUGAGAGCUUGCAGUCUGAUGCUAGAUAGUCUGAGUUACACAAUCCUUAUAAAAGGGCUUUUCCAAGCCAAGCAUUUGCUUUGUGCUAUGAUGUUGCAAGCUGAUAUGCUGAAGAUGGGUAUCAGGUCCGAUGCUUCUAUAUAUGACAUUUUGGCUAAUGGUUAUCGGGACAAUGGAGAUUAUAAAUCUGCGGUUAGAAUUUCAGAAGAGGCGGACAGCCUUGGAUUGGACUUUGGGGCUUCUAUUUCUCUCCCUUGGAGGUAACCUUGUGGGACAUUGGAAUUGACUGCACAUCCAUACAUAACAUUAUCAAUUUCCUUCUCUUGACUUGUGUGGACUGAGAAGCUACUACACCUGGUUUCCAAGUGGGGCAGGCAUGUUAGUAGCUAUAUUAACUUUGAUUGUCUCGAAUGAGAGCCAGCUGAGUUGAUUCAGCCUGAUUGGAGGACCCCAAAUAUUUUGAUCAGGUUAACUGAGAAUUUGUGGGGGGUCCUACUGCCAACUUUAUCUCUUCUUGGGGUGUUUCUGGACCAGAAACCAUUUUUCUAAUAAUAUUAACAGAAUGUGGUAAUGGAGCCCUCUCACAGGUCGUAUGCAGGUGAUGAAGCACCUCUUCAACCUUCCCCAUUUUCUUUUGUUUUCUCCCCUACGAAUCAUGAUAUUCCUGCAGAGGUAUCCUUCCCUCCUAGCACUCUUUACCAAGUUUCUACCAACAAAGGAAAGCUCAACUCCAUAGCUACCUUGGACCACAAAAAUCAAACAUCAUUCUUAAAGGCCAAAUCAGGACCAGUUCCACCAAUUAGGUCCUCUUGUUGUUUCAUAGGCUAUGGAGAAAAGGCGUUUCUUCCAUCGACAGCUACUCCUUCCCCAUCCUUAAGGCAAAUCAUAGGAAGUCCCAUGUCAGAGAAGGAAAACAGAUUCAUGCUAUCAUCAUAAUUCAUAAACCUGUUGAAUCAAUCAUUGUAACAACCCUACUUCUUGUGUAUUUGGUAAUGGAAAUUCUUUAUAAUUCACACUGCCUGUUUGAUGAAA